UUCUUCGAAGGUUGUUGCUGACUGAGACAGAGAGAGAAUAGAGGAGCAGAGCUCUUCUGUCCUGCUACGGUGGUUUGGUGACUUCUCGCAGAAGGCUCUGCGGGUAUUUUUUUAAAUUAAAAAUUAAGAAAAAAUUACAAAACACGAGCCGUGAAUUACGAUAAUACUUUGAUCUCACAACAAAGUAUAUAUCAAAGGGGUUUCGUGGGGAGAACCUGUAAGAAGGGAUUUUACUGAUUUAUUGAUUCAUAUCUUUACGUUAUCGCUUCUGGUUAUCUGUUCUCUUGGCCCCGUCUCUUAAAAGGGCAAAAAAAGGGUCUUUUGGGGUUUUGAUUUGGGAUUUUUUGGUUUUCUGUGUUUUUGUUUCUGGUGUGGUGAACUCGGGGCUGAUUUGGAGAGACAACUUGUGGGUCGUUUUGAGUUUUGGUGGUUUUGAAGAAUUUGAUGGUGGGUCGGUGACGAUUAGGUUUUUUUUUCUUUUUGGGUUAUCUCUGGUGGGUCGCUUUGGAUUGGGGUAUUUUUUGGGGAUUUGUUUUUCUGGGUUGAUUGUUAUUGGUGUUUUUAGGUUUUAAUCUUUGGUGGGAUUGUAAAUAUGGUUUUUUUUUUUUUUUUUGCAUAUUUUUGAAGUGGGUUUUUGAUUAUUCUGGGUUAUAUCAAGGUUAACAGUAAAAAAAAUUGUAUUUUGGUGAGGUUUAUCUUUUAAAGGGCUUGAAUUGAACCAUAUUUUCUGUGUUUUGGCUUGAAUUCUGAGUUGUGGUGGGGAUUUGGGUUUCUGAGGUUGAGAUUGAGACGAUGAGUUCAAGUAUCACGGAAAGUUUGGUCCAUGAGGGCAAGCUUUUGGUUCAUAUUGCAGAGAAUGGCCACUCAUUUGAGCUUGACUGCAAUGAAACCACACUUGUUGAGGCUGUUAUGCGUUUGAUUGAAUCUUUUUCAGGUAUAAACUUUAAUGACCAACUUCUUCUAUGCUUGGAGUUCAAACUGGAGCCUCAAAAGCAGCUUUCAGCUUACAGGCUACCAUCUAAUGAUAAAGAAGUGUUUGUAUUUAAUAAAGUGAGGCUGCAAAAUAAUUCACCUCCUCCUUCACCUGAGCAAGUUGAUAUACUUGAGGCUGCUGAGCCUGCUCCACCAGCUUCGUUGCAAGACCCUCACCCAUUAGAUGAUGCUUCAGACCCUGCUUUGAAGGCGUUGCCUUCUUAUGAGAGGCGAUUUAGGCACCAUUACUAUAAGGGGCACGCCAUAUAUGUUCGCACACAAGCUAAGUUUGAGAACUGUGAGCGGCUCUUGAGGGAGCAAAAAGUGCAAGAGAGAGCUGUGGUGGUUGCAAGGGGUAAUUUGGAGAACUAUUAUAGGGUGAUUAACCAACAUUAUAAUGAAUUCAUGAAGCGUUAUUACCAUCAGCAUAGAAUACAUUCUGAGCUUUUGGCAAAUUUUGGGAAGGAAAUUGAGAAGUUGAGGUCUGUCACUCUUCAUCCCAGUUUACAGACCCCUUUGCACAAGUGCUUAUUGGAUUUUGUGAAAGAAGAAACUUUGCGGAAAGCAGCUGAUUGCAGUAGCUUACACAGUCAGUUUGAGAAUAAAGUUUCACAAUUCAAACAGAUGUUUGCUGAAGUUAAGCGCAAAGUUGAGGACCUGCUUAAUGCCAGGGCCUCCUUGCCCAUCAAGAAUUUAGAAUCAACAAUCAAAGAGCAACAGAGAUUCAUCCAUGAACAAAAAAGUAUAAUGCAGUCAUUGAGCAAAGAUGUCAGUACAGUGAAGAAGCUUGUGGAUGAUUGUAUGUCCAGUCAGUUGUCCUCCUCAAUUCGUCCUCAUGAUGCAGUUUCGGCGCUAGGUCCUAUGUAUGAUGUCCAUGAAAAGAAUCACCUACCUAGAAUGCAAGCUUGCGAUCAUUCUAUCUCCAAGCUACUUGACUUCUGCAAGGAUCAGAAGAAUGAAAUGAACCGUUUUGUGCACAAUUACAUGCAAAGGAUAACUUAUAUUUCUUACAUGAUUAAAGAUUCUAAGUUACAGUUUCCUGUUUUUAAAGAGGCAAUGGUACACCAGGAUGAGAAAUUUGCAUAUUUGAAGUGGGUUCAGGGUAUUGGUCCUGCAUAUAGAGCCUGUCUUGCGGAAAUAGUGAGAAGAAAGGCUUCCAUGAAGUUGUACAUGGGCAUGGCUGGACAAUUGGCAGAAAGGCUUGCAACAAAGCGGGAAGUUGAGGUUAGGAGACGGGAGGAGUUUCUGAAGACACAUAGUGCAUAUGUACCCAGGGAUAUAUUAGCAUCCAUGGGGUUGUACGAUACUCCUAGUCAGUGUGAUGUUAACAUAGCUCCUUUUGACAGUAAUUUGCUUGAUAUUGACAUUUCAGACCUGGACUAUUAUGCUCCUGAGUGUUUGGCAGGACUUUCCACUAAGGGUGAGAAAUCAGGAAACUUAAGAGGUUCUCUUUCCAUGUCAAAUGACAGUUUACAUUCAGCUGAGGCUGAGGAAAUUCCAAUAGACACUCUUGAGAAAGAAGACUCUGAGGAGCUCCUUGAGGGAUGCGAGUUAGUUGAGAUAGCAGGAACUAGCAAGAUGGAGGUUGAGAAUGCAAAGCUGAAAGCUGAACUUGCUUCAGCUAUUGCUAAAAUUUGUUCCUUGUGCCCUAAAGUUGAAUAUGAGUCACUUGAUGACAAUAAACUGGAUAGCAUAUUGAAGAAUGCCACUGAGAAGACACUUGAAGCCUUGCAUCUGAAAGACGAGUAUAGCAAACAUCUUCAAUCCAUGCUAAAGGCAAAGCAAAUGCAGUGUGUUUCAUAUGAGAAGCGCAUACAAGAGCUGGAGCAGAGAUUGUCUGAUCAGUAUAUGGAGGGGCAGAAGCAUAUAAACAGUAAUGAUUCAUCUGACUUUUCCCAUUUGGGUGGGAAGCCUGUUGACUGCAAACCAGAAACCUCAAGUGGUGGAGAAUCCCACAUUCCUUGUAUAUCUACUUCUGAGCUCAUGGAUGAGGUUUCAUGUGUUUCAAAUUCGUUGGAUGUAAAGCUGGGAUUUUUCAAUAGGCUACCAAGCAAAGGUCAAGAAGCAGUGGAUGAAAAUAUGUUAGAUUCAUCUGGCAUGAUAAACCCACAAUUAGAUUCGUCAAUGGUGGAGCCACAUCGUGAAGAACUGCCUGUUGGCAACAAAGAUGGGAAAGACAAGAUGGCAGGGCAGUUGGGCAUGUCUCUGACUAACAGUUCUACUGCUGAGAGCAUGCCUGGGACUCUGAAUGUCUUACCUAGUGACGCUGCAGCUGAUCUGAGGUUGGAUUCUAAGGUUAGCAGUGAUCUUGUGUUGGAGUUGCAGAGUGUACUUGCAGAAAAGUCAAAUCAAUUGAGUGAAACUGAGGCCAAACUUAAAUCGGUGAUGGAGGAGGUUGCAAUGCUUGGAAAGGAGUUGGAGAUGAGUCAGAAGCUCCUUGAUGAAUCUCAGAUGAAUUGUGCUCACUUGGAGAAUUGUUUGCACGAAGCAAGAGAGGAAGCCCAGACACAUUUGUGUGCAGCUGAUCGGAGGGCCUUAGAGUAUAGUGCAUUGCGUGCUUCUGCUAUCAAAUUGCGUAGUCUCUUUGAAAGACUUCGUGCCAGUGUUCGUGUUUCAGGAGGGGUUGCUGGUUUUGCUGACUCCUUGCAAACCUUUGCUCAAUCUUUGGCCAAUUCCAUUAAUGACAGUGAAGAUGAUAGUACUCUGGAAUUCCAGAAGUGCCUUCGAAUCCUUGCGGACAGAGUUGGCUACUUGUCUAGACACCGUGAGGAGCUACUUGAAAAGUGCCGACAGGUUGAAGUUACCAACGAACAGCUUAGGAAAGAAUUGGAAGAAAAGAAAGAGCUGGUUAAAACACUGUUCACCAAGCAUCAACUUGAGAAGCAGGCAAGCAAAGAAAAGAUCUCAUUUGGCCGACUAGAAGUCCAUGAGAUUGCUGCAUUUGUUCUCAACUCAGCUGGGCAUUACGAGGCAAUCAAUAGGAACUGCUUGAAGUACUACCUUUCUGCUGAAUCAGUGGCCUUGUUUACAGAAAAUCUUCAAAGUCGACCCAGCUUCAUCGUUGGGAAGAUUGUCCAUAUCGAACGCCAAACUGCAAAAUUGUCGCUGCCUAUUUCUUCGACUAGGCCUGAGCAGGGCAAGGCAGAUCAAAUUGAUCAUCUGACUACUGACACCGGGACUGAUCACUUGACCUUGAAUUCUGGAUCAACCUCUUCUAACCCAUAUGGUCUCCCAAUUGGCUGUGAAUAUUUCAUAGUGACAGUAGCCAUGUUACCUGGCACCCCCAUUUAUUCACCACCUCCUUCCUGAUCUUGCUCCAGGCAGAUAUAGAUGUGAUGGAAGACACCAAGUGUAUAUAGAUAAAAUAUAUAUAAAUAUUCUCAGUAUAAGAGCACUCAUGGACGGAGUUGAACUUGCAGUUUCUUCUGUACAGCUGAUGAUCCCAUUUAAGUUUAAUCUCCCCAUUGUAUAUAUAGAGCUACUCUGAAUUCUCUUUUUAGUAUGUACAAAACUGUGAAUAUCCAUUCAUCUAGACCCUGAUCCUCAACUGCCUUUUUACGUUUGAAAACUUUAUACAUUUAUUUUAGCAA